UACUAUAGGCUUCACUGAUCUUAUAUUGUUAAUCUAAUGAUUUUAUCAAAACACUUCGUUCCCGACCAGGUGUCUACCUGGCACUGGAAGUGGUGAAAUUGUUUAAACUCAAUUCUGAAUUCCAACUGGAAAUACCCAGCAAAGUCCACGGAUGGAAGUUGUAGCAACUGACUCCUGCCAAACUCCAUUUUCUAUCCAGAAAUGUGGGGGACGAACACUGAACCAAUGGACUGAGUUCUGCUGUAACCAUCAGGCCUACAGUAAAAAUAGCAAGCAGUGCUGCUGUGUAGACUCGAUAUCAGACAGGCAGGUUUUACAUACAGAGGAGAUGAUAUGCUGUGGGGGUCAGCUACACAACAAGACAGAUAGUUUUGGGGAGCAACGUGAAUGCUGCGGGGCUAAAGUUUACUCUACAUCAGACCGGAGAAAACUAUGCUGCCGUCCACAUCAAGUUCUGAUUACCAAGUCAAAGGUUCAGCCUUUGUUACAUCACUACAAUCCUGAUCUGUACCCAAACCGGACUGUGGGAUGCUGUGGUAAUGCGAUGAUAGACGAAAAGACACAGAUGUGUUGUAACAGCAUCAUUAACAACAUAAAGGGCAGUUCUUCUGACUGGUUCUGCUGUAAUACAACCGCCUUCAAUCAAAUGAGCCACAUAUGCAAUAAGAAAGACCCCAAUAACUACGUUAUAUUGCCUCAAUACUACAGCCUGUGUAGUGGAACACGAUACGACACACGUAUUAACACAUGCUGUAAUGGCAAACUUCAUCCUCAUCAUCAUAAGGACCAGUUUAAAUGCUGUGGAACGGAGAUCAUGAAUAAGGAGACACAGAAAUGUUGUAAUGAAACCUCCCUCAUUAUAUCUAAAUGUCGGCAAUGCUGCGGAAAUCACCCAACAGGAAUUGACAUAUCUGAGCAACGAUGUUGUAGAAACCCUUUGAAUCCAUCAACAUUCCAUGUACACAGAAUCACAACAGAAGCCCAGUACUGUUGUGGAAAUGGUCUCUAUAAUUUUCAUACACAAUUCUGUUGUCGGGGACAACCAUAUUUAUAUACCCAUUACAAAAGAUGUGGAAACCAUGAGCAGUGUGUGGGUGUUGGUCACCAGGAGACAUGUUGUGGUGUCCACCGGCUUACCACACAAACUCACACCUGCUGUAAAAAAGAAUUUCCUGUGGCGAAGACAUCAGGGGGCCAGGAUGCCUGUUGUUACAACCCAUGGAACCGGUCUGGAGAAUCUUACGUGUCUGAAACACACCAGUGUGUCCGGGGAAGGGUUGAGGUCAAGGCAAAACGGUGCUUACAUGAUAAAUACGAUGACAACUCUGACCUGUGUUGUUACAACAAUCUGUUUCGAGGAGCUAAAGAAACGGGCAAAAGAUGCUGUGGUUUUGAAGUCUAUGACAACAGAACACAACGAUGCUGCAGCUCAAAAGUGUUCAAUGGCACCGAGUGUCCAGCACCUCAACAAAACUCCGAAUGUUCUACUCUCUGUUCCAAAAAUAGACGGAUGGUUGCUGAAAAAAUCAAUAAUGGAGAAUUUGAUUCUGAAAUCUGCAAAUUAAAGCUUGCAUAUGUUGCAGAAGUAAGGCGUCAAGUUGUCAACUUUGACAACCAAGUCAUGAAAUACGUGAUCCGCAGACCAAGCAGGAACAUAUUCACUGGCCUGUUUGAGAUACAUCACAGAUACAUACUCCUGCCGUGGAUCUGUAAGAAAAACUUCUCCAGAAUGAUCAUUGUCACCAGUAACCCUGAUGACAAAACUAGGGAGUUAAAUUGCUUUGAGAAGGACAUUGUCCUACCGUACUCCAAGAGGAUAAAAAGGGCCGUCAAGCAGCGCAAGAUGUACCACUGCUAGUACAGAAGAGACAAUUACAUAAUGUAGCAUUUUUAUAUCUAUAAAUACCUGGGAUAAGCAAAACAAAUUAAACGCCGACAAAACACUGACUUCCAUCAGUGAGAUGAAACCCGUAAGAGCGGAUUCAUGUAGGCGCAAAACCCUUCAACCAACCAAAAACAAAUUAGAGACAUUUCAGUUCAUGUUUACAGAUUUGUUUCAAUUUGCUAAUGUAUAACCAAAUUUAUCGUUUGGUUGGAACCCUACUUUUAAAAAGGCUACUGAUGUCACUGCAGUAACCCAAAACAUUUGGUGAGCAGCUUAUUUUGGAGAAAUUAUAACCUUGGUGAGCAGCUUAUUUCAAAAUGUUAUUCAAAGACAUUUUUUUUAUUCAGUAACAGGCUGAGUAUAUCUCCUUAAAUUCAGUAGAAUAUCUUCUAACACUUUAAAAAUGCUUGAAUUUGCUUCAAAUUGAUGUAUUUUUUGUCGUAGUGAAACAUUUCUAUUCCAACACCCUGCAGAACAUAGCAUAUUGGUCAUAUAAGACAGGUGGCUAUAUGAAUAUUUUAUUUAUAUGAUUUCUUGUUGAAUCAAAAAACUUUUAAAUGAAACUGAGAAAAAAACAUAUCCACUUUAACCGGAUGGUGUUAUUUGGCUGUGGUUUAACAUCACUUCCAUCUUUGAAUUUUGAUAUUAUGAUUUGAUAUACUAUAUAUUGUGUAUGUCUUAAAAGAUACUGCAUUUAUUUAAAUGAAUCAUCAUCAUCAUCAUCAUCAUCAUCAUCAUCAUCAUCGGCUUUGACAAUCACUUAACAUCUAUUUACAGCGCACAUUUGAUCUAUGACAUAUUGUGUAUGUCUUAAAAGAUACUGCAUUUAUUUAAAUGAAUCAUCAUCAUCAUCGGCUUUGACCAUCACUUAACAUCUAUUUACAGCGCACAAUUGAUCUAUGACAUAUUGUGAGCGUCUUAAAAGACAUUGCAUUUAUUUCAAAGAAUCAACAGAAUGUUCAAAAUUAUGGUACAUUUACCAGACAGUUUCUAUUGGUUUAUUUUUUGACAGCCAGAAUUAGGAUCGUAAAUGGGUGAAAAAAAAUGCCGUUUUAUUAUAUUUGUAAAAGUAUUCCUUCAUGAUCUAUGAACAGCAUUGUUGUUGUUUGUUUUAUAUUGAUAUACAUAUGUAGUUCUUAACCACUUCCAGAUGUCACUCUUGAGUUCAGCAUAAUGUACAAGUUACUCACAAAACAGCAGCAAUACAGACAUACACAUAUUCUUAUAUAUUUUACAGUAACAUAUAUUUAUACAAUGAAAAGGCAGCAUUGAUGUGUGUAUGUCAUGUUUUCUUUCUUAAUAGAAAGUUCAUUUUGCUUGCCAGUGCCUCAGUUAAACUUAGUGUAAUAAGAAUUUGAAUAAACAAAUUCCUGGGAAUAAAGACAUUCAGAUACAGUCAUUAAUUCAUUUGCCCCUGAAAUUUAAUAAUGAACUAUUCCAACCUUUGAAUUGAAGGAGUUCAAAUGUGUCUUUAGGGGUGAAUGAGGUAACAAUCAUGCUUGUCAAUGUUUGUGGAGAAGAAUUCCUUGGGACAAAAAACUUACAGUUUAUCAUACUUAACCAAUUUUUGUUUCUGCAUGGCAGAUUUCACCAAAAUGUCUAGUCAGAUGAUAGCUACAAGUAAAGCUUUAAGUCAAUUUUUAUCAACAAUAUAAACAUUUCACCCUAACAUCAUGAAGUCAUAGCAUUCAAAAUGCUUAGUUAUAUAUAUAUAUACCGUAAAGUUAGACUCCAGGCUACAAAUCCCACGCAUUCAAAAUAUCAUACUGCUUCAACGUUUAUAACUUAUAUCAUCAUUCACCGAGUCUUAUAAUCAAAAGUCUGAUUUGUGUAGAAGGACUUUAAAAUUAUAAACGCUUAAGAUGAUUUCUAAAGAUCUUAAGAAACUUAUUUACACUGUAAACAGUGUAAUGAAAUGUGUUCAUUUUUUUUAAAGGACUCUGUCUUACCUUCCUGGUGUAUGUACAGUUCAAUUGUAUUUCAGGAAGGAUUUUUUCAUGAUAAUAUAUUUUUACAUGUUUUAUUUUUAUUGAUGUUUUUUUAUGUUUCCUAUGAAUAUUUUUUCAAGCUCUCUGAUUACUCUGAACUUUAUUUAAAUAGCAUAUUUUGAGAUUUCAGGUACUGUAUAUAUAUACUUUGUUUUACCUUUUCAAGAUGUCAUUCAAGUGAAAAUUGAAGCUUCUUCCAUCGAAAUGUUUUCGAAAAUAUUGAAGAAUCAGGGUAAGAAAACAAGCUAUGUGGAGAUGUUUGUUGGUGAACAAACGUGUUCAGAUGAACAAAUCAUGUUCACGAUUGUUUACAGUUUACUGAAUUAUACUCAGGUAUUGAUGAGAGGGGUAUAUAUGUAUAUUUUUUCCCAAUAUUAUCAGGUCAUUGAGGGAAAUAAAGAAACUUUUGUGCUUUGUAAAUGAAUGUAUUAAUUUAUUUUUUCUUUGUGUGUUCUUAUGUUUUGUACAAAUUUAAGA